CGGGCCCGAUAGCGUCUCACUGACCCUGCUAAAUACAACAUGGCGUCGAUACUGGCCUGUUUGCUACCGGUGGUUCUCAUGUGUGUCUCCGCUGAUGCACAGCCGGCUAAUAUAGACCCAGUGUUUCUUGAAGAGAUGUAUGCAUGCAAUCCACCAUGUCUCCCCGACGAGUGUUGUAUCCACGUAUGGACGCCUGAUAACACCAUCGGUAAACGAUUUCCGAAAUUACCUUUCCGAAUGGAAAUCAAACGGACAUUAACGACACACUGUGAGCCGUUAAAAACUGAGGGUUCCGAAUGUCUGGUUCAGAAGAACUUUGAGAUAUGUCCAUGCGGCCGGAAUCUUGUGUGUUCUCCUAACCAAGGCAACCUUGGCCUGUAUUUCGGUACAUGCAAGCCUUAAUAGCUCAUGUGCGACUGACAUAUUCCUUUCCUUGGUGAGAGUGUUUUCUCGAUUAUGAUGAAUAUUUUAUAAGUGUAAUCAGUAGACGUCUGGACGCUUACCAUAUUAAAGUAAGGUGAUGAUUUGUCUUUUGUAACUAAGUACAUACCAAGCAGGCGUCCAAGGGGAGGCAUUUUAACGGAACAAGUUUAUUGUGCUUACAAAUUAAAAUGCAAUUUAAUGAAAUAAAUGUUGUUUUUAUUACUGACAGAUCAAAUAGAAACCAUAUUAUCGCAAUAUGAAGGUUAUGACCAUAGAAUCAUACAUUUUGGAAAGUGCUAAAAUCAUUGUGCUUCAAUGCUUUCGACCAUAAAUUACGCCAAACGUUGUAUAAUUUACAUGUUUUCUCUUACUGUAGAGAAACACGAUUCUUCGUCUGUCUGAAAUUCAUGAGGGCGAAGCACUACUUUCCUACAGUAAGAGUAAUACAUCUUUUAUUGUGCCGAAAAAUAACAAUUACAAAAUUGUAAAGAUAAUCAGAUUGACGCGCCAUUAUUGUCGUCUGCUUCCGUCAUUCGAAUCAAGGUUGUUGUGGCUAUUGUCGAUUGUUCUAGACAGGAACCGAAUAAGGGUGAUAUGUUCGGGGAGACUUAAGUACGUGAGGGCGACAUGAUGUAUAAUUACCUCGUCAUGUGACCAUUAUCAUCCAAUCAGGCACGCUGUUAUAAAGAUGAGGUUAAAUGAUAUUACUUAUUCUGUUUGGCCCUCAUGCUGGAAAGGUAGGGGUUUGAGGGUGUCUGCACAUGAAACCCACAAGCGCGUCCGACAACUGAAGAGUUCAGAGAGAGAUAGUUGGUGGCUGCAGUCGACACAGACUGACCAGGUGUCCAUGGGUCUGGACGAGGUACACAUAGAGUGGUCAAGAGACCAAACACGAACAACGCGGCAAGUCGCUGUGGUACCUCUGAGGAAAAGUCAGUAGCCAAACGUCCAGUUUUGAAAUCUAAUGAAGAGUUACCCAGAAGUAGAGCGAGACUUCGAGAUUCUCCCGGAAGUGACGCAUACAGACAUCGUUCCUCCCUGCACAAGUAGAUCCUGAAUCUCAUUAAACCU